GCUAAUGUGAGACCAUUUUGCGAGAUCUUGCAGAGAUGGCGGACGAAAAGUACGGAACGCUGCCCCCGUAUUACGAAAAACUAUUUACUCCUGAACCUUUCAAUGAACAUCGUCUGUUUAUGAGGCGCUUCUAUUUUUGGGGCUUCCCUGGAUUGGCCGGUGUACUCUCAGCUUGUAUAGCAAACUAUUUCAUGAGGAAGCCAGCGUUCAGCGGUAUUCAAAAACACAUUUUUGGUGCGGCUUUAUAUGUCGCCCUUGGAGAAUCCGCCAUGCGCUACGCCGACCACCGUUCUAUGGAGCGAGAUGCCAUUCUUCGUCGCUACAUCUUGCUGCAUCCCGAGGACUUUCCAGAGCCUGAGCGGAAGAAGUACAGAGAUGUUCUUGAGCCCUGGAUUCCAGUGCGAUGAGCUCUGCUGCUUCAGAGUCUUCUUUUCAUGUGCUGUCAUAGCUAGGUGAUUGUUAAAUAGAAAUAAAACUUUCUCUCUAGAGAGUGGGUAAAAUUUGUACUGACAACAUGCAUCUAAUUAGCCUCUCCUUAUGUUUGUCGUUGCCAGUUUAUUUAAACUUUAAUAUCACAUACCUUGCGAGAAUCUUAUGGGGCUUUGUCUAGCAGCUGCUAAUAAGGACAUGGUUUCGGCCUCUGUUACAUAGUACACGCAUACAUGUCACAGGUUUGCGAAAGUAGACGAAAUUAUAGGAUUAUAGAAACUAAAGUUAUCAUAGGUAACUACUGCCAAACAGCCCAAUGAAUAAGCUAGGUUGCUCUCUGUACUUAGGUUCAAUAAAAGGUAUAUAUACACA